UAGCAGAGUGUUUUAAAUAUGGUUUUCGUGAAAAUUUCAGUUGUAUUAACCGGUUUAAUCGUUUUUACGCAAUGUCUCAAAACUGAUGUUAGUCAAUGCCAAAAUGGUGGUCCAGUACCAAACGUUACAUUAACAUCAAAUGGUGUAGUUUGUCGUCAAUCUCCAUGCAAUGUAUAUACCGGACAUGCAGCGAACAUUUUAGUAGAUUUUAUAUCCCCCUUCUACACGGAACAAAUGAAACCGAAUCUUACUGCAAUAGCUGCAGGCGCCGUUGUACCAUGGCCUUCCAAUCAAAAAAAUGCCUGUGAUGGAAUAACAAACACUGCCUGUCCCAUCGUGAAAGGCGAACAUGUAAUUUAUUCAUACAAAAUGGAUAUUUUAUCGCUGUUUCCAGAGAUUUACGCUACACUUAUAUUUUCUCUAGCCAACGAAGCUGAUGGACAAUUGGCCACGUGUUUCACUGUCGGUUUACAAAUUCUCAAACACUAAAUAUCACUUCAAAAUAAAGAACAUGACAAAAGAAUGAUAUUUUACACUAUGUAUAUAUUAUGUAAUGAGGGAAUUUUUUGAGGCCCCAUGCACGAUUCGUAAUAGCAAUGAAUAAUUCCGUCUUUAAAAAGGAGGUUUAAUACUUAAAGAACACGAACAGAAAACACGCUAAUAUUGAGUCCUAUUUUAUUAUUAAAUUAGAAGCAGCUGGGACCCCAAAAAAUUCCUUGUAAUAUACUUUUAAAUGUAUAAAUAAAUUCAAUGCAAACGUGAAUACUUUACAG